CUUCAUUUGAAAUACCCUUCAGUGUAGGACACACGUCAUUGUCUCUCAGAAAAGAAAAGAAAAAAAAAGAAAAGAAAACAGAUAAAGUCUACACUGCAGAGUGAAAGUCAGCAGCCUUCAAAGUCAGGUUCAGGUGAUUUCAGGAAUUUUAAUUUGAAUAUGAGGAUCAGAGUAUUGUGGUAAAUUUUCAUUUUAUUUAUGCAACCAGUUAUUCCACUUUAAACUUUACAAAUUUAAUCGUAAGCUGCUCAUGAACCCUAGUGCACAUCAUGCAGUAUUCUGCUGCUUCACCAUUACAUGACCUAAUGAACAUGACUCCUUUCUUUAGCAUCAUAUUCAUCGUCCCUAAUAACUUAAUUAUCUUUUGCCCUUUUUUCGUUAUGUUUUUAGUGGAGAUCAUACAAAAUUUAUUUUAUUUAGCAAGAGGCAUGGGAAGCAGUUUUCUGGACUAUUUGUCUGCUUCCCAGACCAUUUAUGGAGUUAUGUUUCAUAAAUAGGUGAUGGCAUAAUAAAGGGAUUUUAACAGGUUAAGAUAUGGCUGAAGUUAGGUGCUAUUCAAUACAUUUAUUUGUAAAGCUAUUCUACUGUAACUAACUGUUCUUAAACUAUUAAAGGAGUUCCAUGAAAACCUGAAUGGUAAAGAUAACUUUUUAAUUGUUUUAGGAGCUUUUGGAAGUUUGCAUCAGUGAUGUCUCUUCUUAUCAUGUCUGGUAAAGGCCUUUAAUUUCCAUACCUAUUCUUUUUAUUAUAUACAUUGCAAGAUAUCUCUUCUUUUUAAGCUAUUUGAAACCUCCGGUUAAGAAUUCAUCUUUAGUUGAAACUAAUUUAGUCGAUAAACUGUGAGAUUAAUUUGGUUUUGAAAACCAAUGACACUGUCUAGUUUAUGACAUAGAAGUCAUUUAAAGUGGCAGAAAGUCAUUACACAGGAUUGGUUAUUAGAGGUGCCCGCAGAAGAAUUUAACUCCCAUACUAGGAAGAUCUUAAAACAACAUGUAAUCUCUUUAAAGUGCAGUUUCCUCUGUUGGAGAGAACAAUGUCAAUUUGUCUUGUGCACAAGGUUUUACCAUAUGCUGAAGAUAAUGGGGGGGGAAAAAGACAAAAUGUUUCCGUCUGCACAGACUGGGGAUUAUUUGUUUGCAGCUGAUGCAACCUUAGUUUGAGAUCAGCGAUCACGUUUGUUCGCUUUUGUGUCCACUAUAUCUGCUAUGGUAAGUAAUUAUAUUUAUAUAGCAUAUUUUCAACAACAAGGCAAUGUAAAGUGCUUUACAUGAAUUAGAAGGAAAUACAACAAAGCAACAAAUCAAAAGAAGAGCAAAAGAAAAAAAUAAAACAAAAAUCUAUAACCCCACGUUUAAGAAUAAGUAAUCCGUGAUUUAUAAACUGGUAGGGGUUUCUCUGGAUUCUUGUUCCGAUAAUGUUGAGUUAAGGUAUGAGUAGUUUCGCUACAUAAACUAAAUAAUUUCUCUGGAUUCUAAGUUGGCCUUUCUUCAGCUCAUUAUGUAUCAUGUUUCUAUCCAGGCUCAAAGCAAAAGCUACUUGGACACAUUACCUUUGAAAUGACAAAUGCUUCUUGCUUUGUGUCAGUGAAUGCUCUCAUACAUGUGCCUGUGUGUGUCUGUAACAGGAGCGAAUGUUUCUCAGCGUGUCUAAUUACAUCUUUACCAUCAUCUUUGUGGGCGAGAUGAUGAUCAAGGUUGUAGCAAUGGGCCUGUACUUUGGAGAAGGUGUGUACCUUCAGAGCAGCUGGAAUGUGCUGGAUGGCGUGCUGGUUUUUGUGUCCCUGGUGGACAUUCUGGUCUCCAUGGCAUCAACAGGUGGAAAUCGAAUCCUGGGCAUGCUGCGAGUCCUUCGCUUGCUUCGCACCCUGCGUCCGCUCAGGGUGAUAAGUCGGGCUCCAGGUUUGAAACUGGUUGUCGAGACCCUGAUUACAUCUCUUAGACCGAUUGGGAACAUUGUUCUCAUCUGCUGUGCAUUUUUCAUCGUGUUUGGAAUUCUGGGAGUGCAGGUAAACACAUGUUGUUUAUUCUUGUUCACCUUCUGUUUUGGAUAAAACCUUGUCAAAAUUACAAAUGUAAUUGUUUUCAUUGGAAAAGGCUACUAGAAGAAAGAUACUACUUUGAGAGGUCUAAAAUAAAUGAGGCACAGCUAAGAAUGGUUUCAGGUAAUAAGUGAGGCAGAACAUUGUGAGGAAAUGCAAAUGAGCUGCUGAUUAUGCAAGACUCCUUGAAGUAAUUAAAAAAGCAGUGACUACAGAAGGAUUGUGCUGAGAAUAUUUUC